GUUUGGGUCCUUCCGGAGGGUGACAUUCAGCGGGGAGCCUGCGGCCCUGAGUGAGUGAAGGACCAUUCUUACCAGCUGUCUCCUUCAUUCCCUCUCGCUAUGGCCCAGCUGGUUCGUAACGCCAUCGAGAAGGCUCCAUCGCUGCUUAACGCUGCUGUAAGUUAUUCGAAGCCUCGAUUGGCUAUAUUUUGGCACUAUGCCAAGGUUGAGCUGAUUCCUCCAACUCCUGCUGAGAUCCCUGGAGCCAUUGAGGGCCUGAAAAAAAUAAUUGUAUCAGCUCGAACUGGUAGCUUCAGAAGUCUCACAGUUAAGGAAGCUGUGCUAAAUAGUUUGGUGGCCACUGAGGUGUGCAUGUGGUUUUACGUUGGAGAGAUCAUAGGCAAGGGUGGCAUCGUUGGAUAUGAUGUUUAAAGACCAACACUUAGCAUCUGAGUGUUUGAUUUAUCCUUUUUGUGUGUUUGUGGAACAGAUAUGCUUCUAAAUAAAAGAAGGAAGUAAUGUGGA